GAGAGAGAGAGAGAGAGGAAAAUGCAUUACUGGGUUCGAGCUUCCCCAUCUGAUUUUGGUGGAACUCUACCUCAACCUCGAAGUGGCCAUAGUGCUGUGAAUAUCGGGAAAUCGAAGAUCAUACUUUUUGGUGGACUCGUCGACAAGAAAUUUCUCAGUGACAUCACUGUAUAUGAUAUUGAUAACAAAAUAUGGUUUCAGCCAGAGUGCACUGGCAGUGGUUCCGAUGCGCAAGUGGGGCCUAGCCCACGAGCCUUUCACAUUGCUGUUGCAAUUGAUUGUCAUAUGUUCAUUUUUGGUGGGAGAUCUGGCAGCAAAAGGUUGGGGGACUUUUGGGUCCUUGAUACUGAUAUAUGGCAAUGGUCAGAACUCACCAGUUUUGGUGACUUGCCUUCACCACGAGAUUUUGCUGCUGCUUCAGCUAUAGGAAACAGGAAAAUAGUCAUGUAUGGUGGCUGGGAUGGUAAAAAGUGGUUAUCAGAUGUCUAUGUCUUGGACACAAUUUCCCUAGAGUGGAUGGAGUUAUCUGCUACGGGAUCAUUGCCACCACCAAGAUGUGGCCAUACAGCGACUAUGCUUGAGAAAAGAUUGCUAGUCUAUGGCGGUAGAGCAAGAUGGUACCUGAUUUGA